AUGGCAGAGUAUUACUGCCCUUUAUGUAGUGAUACAAUUGAAAAAAGUUCAACUCAUUUUCUAAAGCAUUUCAAAUACAAAAAAUAUUCGUGCGGCGAUGAUAAGUGCGAUUCUCGAUUUUAUACGGAAAAUGAUCGAAAUGCGCAUUGUGAGGAAAAGGGACACAAAAGGAGUUUUCAGAAAGUUGUAAACCCUUAUGUCGACAUGCUCAUCGAAAUGCUGUUGAAGGAUGUUGAGCUCAUCAAUCAGCAUGAUUUAGAGACUGUUGUGAAUUUUAGGCUCGCUUCGCUUCAAACGACGAAAAGAAAAACGCCCGGAUCACCAAUUAAGAAAAACACGGAGAAAAAGAUUUCGGCUAAAAAAACAAAAAUUGUUAAAAAGGUCAGCACGAAGAAGAAGAAGAAAGUGGUUAGUGCGCGCGAUGCGGAUUCAACCACCCCACAAUUAUCUGAAGCUGCGACGUCGGAUCCUCCGAAGAAAAAGAAGCGACGUUCGAAGAUAUCUGAACCUGCUGAUUGUAUUGAACUGGAAACUGUUGAAGAACCGCCGAAAAGUGUGGAAGAGCAGGUCUCAACGAGUUUCUCGAAAGAAACUGAAAUGCUGAGUCGAAUAAUAAACCAAUGGCUGGGUGAAUCGAAUAAAGAAAGUACGACAGUGGUGUGUCAGAAAUGCAAAAAAGAUGUGAAUAUUGGAUAUUUAAUUCGCAAAGAUCAUGUCGGAGCUGAACAUCUCGGCGCGGAUGUCGAUGUUAAUGAUUAUCAGCAAAUUUUGACCGAAGCGAUGAAUGAGUGUUUUCCCGAAUUUCCAAAUACGGAUUUCGCGUGCCAACUUUGUAUGACGGAUGAGAAAAUUCCCGAAAACCAGAGGCGAAAACACAUUGAACAGAGGCACGGAUUGAAAUUGCCGGAGCUCAAAUGCCCGUUUGAGGGAUGCCAUGGAUUUUAUACGAGAGAAUGCGAGCUGAGAACGCAUAUGAAAGUGACUCAUAAUAUCACGAUUGGUUCGUUUGGUGGUCAAGAAUUCAAAGAAACUCGGCGUCGGCGAAAUUUGAUGAUAAUGACAUUGACGCAUGAAUGCUUCCCGAUUUCCAAGUUCACUUCAAUCACUCGAAAAGCCAAGCAGAUUGCGAAAUCGGUUGCGGUGUCCGUGGGAGCUGAAGAAGGUUUGAGAAUUGCUCAGGAGCGUGUGAAUAAUGCGGUGAAAAAUGCGUUUGGUCCGGAUGUUCGAUUAAAUAAUACCAUUGCGGCUCGUCGUGCUCCUGUGUAUAAUCAAGAAUCCUCAUCGUCUUCUGACGACGAAAAUGGAACGCCGAGGCGUAAGAAGACAACGUCGAUUGGUCAGAGAUCGACCGACGAUCAAACGAUUAGCGAUAUUGAUGAAUUGCACGAUGAGCUACUCGACAACAAAUUCGAGGAUGACAUAAAAGUGAUUUAUCAGUUUUGCAAUUUGGAGCGCACGAAUCGAUUGAAGGAAAUGAACGUUUCGAUAAAAGGUGAAGCUACCGAUGAUUUUGAGGCUCGACAGACGUCGACGUCGCAGCCAAGCGACUCAAGCAUUCUCGACGAAGUCCAAGCCGUCCGCGACGAGAUUCGUCUUAUGCGCCUCGUCAUCGAUCGGCGUAUCGAUCACCGCGACGUCCAUCACGUCGUCGUUCGUCUAAUCGACAUUAUCCGGAUUCGGGCGAGCGACGUCCUUCGCGACCGAGUAAUUAUCGGGUGA